GAGCUUGGCUGACAGAAGCUUUUCUGGCCCAACUGGGAGUAAGAAGAGGCGGGGAGUCUCCUGAAGACUAGCCCAGGAUCACCCAAAUAAUCCUCCAUGUGAAUCAAUCCCAUGAUGCAACAUGCCUCCCCAGCCCCAGCUCUGACAAUGAUGGCCACGCAGAAUGUCCCUCCUCCAUCCUACCAGGACAGCCCACAGAUGACAGCAACUGCCCAGCCACCCUCCAAGGCCCAGGCUGUCCAUAUUUCAGCACCCUCUGCUGCUGCCAGCACACCAGUUCCCAGUGCACCCAUUGACCCCCAGGCACAACUGGAGGCUGACAAGCGAGCUGUGUACAGGCACCCUCUUUUCCCUCUCCUGACGUUGCUGUUUGAGAAGUGUGAACAGGCCACCCAGGGCUCAGAGUGCAUCACCUCGGCCAGCUUUGAUGUGGACAUCGAGAACUUUGUUCACCAGCAGGAACAGGAGCACAAGCCCUUCUUCAGCGAUGACCCCGAACUGGACAAUCUGAUGGUGAAGGCAAUCCAGGUGCUGAGAAUCCACCUGCUGGAGCUGGAGAAAGUCAAUGAGCUCUGCAAGGAUUUCUGUAACCGUUACAUCACCUGCCUCAAAACCAAGAUGCACAGCGAUAACCUGCUCAGGAAUGACCUCGGGGGGCCCUACUCCCCCAACCAACCCUCCAUAAACCUGCACUCACAGGACCUCCUGCAGAAUUCUCCCAAUUCCAUGUCUGGAGUCUCCAAUAACCCCCAGGGAAUUGUGGUCCCAGCCUCAGCGCUCCAGCAAGGCAACAUCGCCAUGACAACCGUCAACUCACAAGUUGUGUCAGGUGGAGCCUUAUACCAGCCGGUUACCAUGGUAACCUCCCAGGGUCAGGUGGUCACCCAAGCAAUCCCCCAGGGAGCCAUCCAGAUCCAGAACACACAGGUUAACCUUGACCUCACCUCCCUCCUGGACAAUGAGGAUAAGAAGUCCAAGAACAAACGAGGAGUCUUGCCCAAGCAUGCCACCAAUAUAAUGCGUUCUUGGCUCUUCCAACAUCUCAUGCACCCGUACCCCACGGAGGAUGAGAAAAGGCAGAUUGCAGCCCAAACAAACCUUACCCUCCUGCAAGUAAAUAACUGGUUCAUCAACGCCCGGAGGCGCAUCCUGCAGCCCAUGCUUGACGCCAGCAACCCAGACCCUGCCCCUAAAGCCAAGAAGAUCAAAUCACAACACCGACCCACCCAAAGAUUCUGGCCCAACUCCAUUGCUGCAGGGGUGCUCCAGCAACAGGGUGCCCCAGGCACAAAUCCUGAUGGUUCCAUCAGUUUGGACAACCUACAGUCCCUGUCCUCAGACAAUGCCACCAUGGCUAUGCAGCAGGCUAUGAUGGUUGCACACGAUGACUCAUUGGAUGGGACAGAAGAAGAGGAUGAAGAUGAGAUAGAAGAGGAGGAGGAGGAGGAGGAGGAGCUGGAGGAGGAUGCAGACGAGCUACAGACAACAAAUGUCAGUGACCUGGCCUUGGAACACCGUGACUCCCUGGAGUAGCCCCACAGCCCAUUUGACACUGAUCACCGAGCAGGAGAGGGGUGUGUCAUCAGGAGGCUUCAGGUGGGGGGCACGUCAUGGGCAGGGAGCACCGGAGGAAGCUGGACUCUAGCCUCGGCCAAUCAGCAGCUUGGAGGACUGAAUGCAGCAGAGAUACUUUCCUCCUUCCGUCCACCAAGCGUCAAGGAGUGCCCUCACCUCAGACUGCUGGGCCUUUGUCCCACGGGCCCAUCAAGCAGCCGGUCGGAGAGACAGGAGGGAAAUGAGACUUACCCCAUCCCCAGGGAGCGAGGGAACCCAUGGGCACUCCCAUAGAAGGACUGGAGUUGUUUACAAGCCCUGCACUGUGAGGGGAUCAAUGCUGUUUUGAUGAGGGCAGCACUGGAAAGAACGAGGAAGGCCGAAGGGACCGAGGUUCUGCUCUCAGAAGAUUUUCAGCCCCUUUGAGUGUCAUUCAAGGGCAGCAGGAAGCCCCAAAUCAUAAUCAGAGGUUGGGCAGGGGGAUAGCCUGCGGGAAUCACGUCUUGCGAUCAGAGUGAGAUCUGGUUUUCACAAGUUUCUGCUGACUCCUCCAAGAUGGUAUUUCUGGGCCCGGGCAACCAGGUACUUUGGAGGGACGGGAGGGAACCAACAGAGCCUCCUCCUUUCUCUCCUGGAAAGUGAUUGCCAGCUGUUGAGUUCGGACUAAGAGGAGGUCUUUUACUUGGGUUGGUUCCAGGACCCCAAGCGAUGGCAGGAUUGGGAACCAGAACAAACGGACCCUAAGUAGUCACAGAACUCACCUCACAUAACAACAGGACAAUGGGGUCUUCCCCCGGGGAGGUGUCCCAGCCCUCAAAAGGAGCUGAUAGGCCUUCUGACAGAGUGGAGCCAGGUGAAUUUGAAAUCUUCCCACCCUGGCUCCCAGGCUGAUUCCAUCAGCCUGCAACCUCCCUUUUGCAUUCCAUCCUUCAGAGAAGGCAGAAGAAACAGUGGAAAGACGGAUCCCACCCAGUGAAAAGCCAGGGAUUGGAGAAGGUCCCACAUCCCGCUUCCAAUCAUUUCCCCAAUGUGGAGGAGGGCCCAGAGGAGCGGCGCCCUGGAGCUGUGCCACCAGCCCACCCUGCCUUGCCAUUCGACCCGCCAUCGUUUUACAAACUACUGGAGGAACUGGGACUCCCACAGGAGAAGGCUUCCCAUUUAUCCGUGCUAACACAUCUUCCCACUCCAGUUUCCAGCUCCCCCAUUAGCACUCCCUCUUUUCCACCCUGCCCCCCAGGCCCCUCGCGCCCCUAUGGCCGUGAAUGGCAGGACAGACCACAUGUGUGUUUUAAUUGGGUUUAAUUUAAUGGGCUUGCCAUUUCAUUUGUAAAUUGCGCAUUAGCCUCUUCCUUCCGUGGCAAGAUGUGAAUAGCUUACCUGGUUCCACUUGAGGGGCUCCUCAGGGCCCACUGGGUUUUCCCCUCCCCCGCCAGGUGGACUGAGCAAGAGGAAGGUUGUUCUCCUGAGGUCUCCCCGAAAUGAAUGUAUUCUCCCCAAAAGAGCUGAUGUUUAACAUUUUAAUAGGGAUUUUUGAGAAACAAAGGACCUUAUUUAUAACCUGGGUGAUCCACUCAUUUUUUUACUCCCUUUUGAUGCCAUAGGUAGAGGAAAGCCUGGCUUUUUUGUUUUUUGGCGUGAGACUUUUACAAUGUGUAGUGGGAUAAAAUACAUUUAUUUCCUCUUCUGGUGAACUUUUCUUGUUCAAACACACAGACACCCCCACAAGCCCUCCCACUUACCGUUUCGGACAGGCAUCCGCCGCCACUACAACACAGGUUUACCUGCGUCCACAUACCCACCUCUCCCCUCCGGUCCUUCCACUUGCCUAAUGUUAUGCAACCUCCUUCUGAUGUAUCCACCAAACCAGUACUGAAUGUGGCUGAAAAGUUUUCAGUAAACCUUAUUACCUACCGCU